AUGUUCGCUCGGCCAUCGACCGUCAAGAUGAUGAAGGAAAAGGUUGCACUGAUCGGAUCUGGGAACUGGUACAGAUGCAGCGACGUUUCUGUCGACGAUCGAGGGCAGUCCGAGUGGCCUCAGCAGAGCAGAUCGUCGUUCAUCCCCGCCCGGCUCGGGUGCAUCGAGAUGUGCAAUCGGGGCAGCGUCAUUGCCAAGAUCUGCGGACGCAACACCAGCGUCUAUCCAGAGUUUGCCGACGAAGUGCGCAUGUGGGUCUUUGAGGAGAUGAUCGAAGGCCAGCGACUCUCGGAAAUCAUCAACACCCGCCACGAGAACGUCAAGUACCUCCCAAACGUCCCGCUGCCCAGAAACAUUGUGGCGUAUCCUGAUCUGCACAAGGCCGUCGAGGAUGCCACGCUGCUGGUCUUUGUCAUUCCGCACCAAUUUGUCAAGGGUGUGUGCCGGGAACUGCAAGGCAACAUCCGGCCAGAUGCACGUGCGAUUUCGCUGAUCAAGGGUGUGGAUGUUGCCAGCAGCGGCCUGCAUCUGAUCUCGGAUAUGAUCCGCGAGAACCUCAGCAUCGACGUCAGUGUCCUCAUGGGCGCCAACAUUGCCUCUGAGGUCGCAAAGGAGCAGUUUUGCGAGGCCACCGUCGGCUCCCGGCGCAUCAGCGACGGCCAGAUCUGGAAGAAGCUCUUUGCCACCUCGUACUUUCAUCUGUCUGUUGUCGAUGACGUGGCCGGCGUCGAGCUCUGUGGUGCCCUCAAGAACGUCGUGGCCAUCGCAGCUGGCCUGGUGGAUGGACUCAAGUUUGGAGAAAACACAAAGGCCGCCAUUAUCCGCAUCGGGCUCAUGGAAAUGAAAAAGUUUGCCAAGAUGUUUUACCACGGCGUCAAAGACGAGACCUUUUUCGAAAGCUGUGGUGUUGCCGAUGUGAUCACUACAUGUUUUGGUGGUCGCAACCGCCUUGUGGCCGAAGCCCGAGUCACCAGCGGAAAGAGUUUUGCUGCGCUGGAGCAAGAAAUGCUCAACGGACAGAAGCUACAAGGCACCCUCACCAGCUACGAAGUCCACCAGAUCCUCAAGAUCAAGAACCUGGUGCAAGAGUUUCCGCUCUUUACCGCAGUCUAUCGCAUUUGCUAUGAGGAUGCGCCGCCAAAGUCGAUCGUGGAAAUGUAUCUGUAA